AUGAGCCGCGGCUGCGCCCUGGACGAGGGCGACUUGGACGACCUGCGCUCCCUCUUUGCCGCGGACGCCGCCGGGGCCCCUCCUGACUCCCAGCGGGGCGGCGAAGAUGAGACGGCGGAUGGCUGCGACCGCAGGGCAUGCGGCGGCGAUCCCGACCCGUCGGGAGGCUGCCGGUGCGCGAGCGAUUCGGGGGUGGCCUCCCGCGGCGGGCACUGCCACAGGGGCGAGAAAAUCACGAACGAGACACUGAAAAGACGGCAUGCGGGUAUGGGGGUCGAAAAUAGGGAUGCCUUGAAUUUUCUUGCCGAUCGCAGCCAGUGUGGGGACAAGGGCGGUGGAUCGGCGCUUAGGGGCGGGAAGGCAUGUAUGAAGUGCGGGGCAGCACCGUCGGAGGGGCGCGGGCGGCAGGGCGAGGCCCUCUGCCGCGGCUGCCUGUGCGGUUCCGUGGCCGCCAAGGUGCGGUCGGCGGUCAAGGUGAGGGGGCUGAUCGGAAACGGCGACCGCGUGCUGGUGGACUGCCGCGGAGACGCGGCCUCCCAGGCGCUGCUGCACCUCCUGAUGGGGCUCAGGAAUCCCGAUGCUGGGCGCGCGGCGCGCGGGAAGGUGAAUUUUGAAUUAGCGGCGGCGCACGUGGAUGCUGGAUGUCUGGGGGACGUCCUGGGCGGCGUGGGGCCCGGCGCCGGGGAGAUGGAAGAUUGGGUGAGGGCAGCAUGGCCCGCGGGGGGGGAGAAUUCGAUCCAGCGGAGGGAGCCCGUUGAUCGAGCUGGAUCGAUCCAUUUUCUGUCGAUGAAAAUUGAGGAGGUUUGUGGGGCAGGAGAGGAUGCCAGGCGGCGGGUGAGGAGUCUUGUGGGGGGUGUGGGGGACGCCACGGGACGGAAGGAUCUGGUGGCCCACCUGAGGACCAGACUGCUGGUCUGCACGGCGGCCAGGUUGGGAUUCAACAGGUUGGCCAGGCCGGACUGCGCCACGGACCUGGCGGUGGGCAUAAUCGCGGACGCCUGCAAGGGGCGGGGAUUUGCAAUGGCAUCGGAUGUGCAUUUUGAGGAUGCGAGGUUUGGGGCGCCGGUGGUGGUGAAGCCGCUGAGGGAGGUGGGGGCCGGGGAGCUGGCGAUGUACUGCCACUUUCGGGGGGUGCCAUAUGGGGGGGGAUGGGGGUGGGGAGAGGAGGAGGGGAUCAACGGGCUGGCGGAGAGGUUCGUGCACGGGCUGGCGCGGGCGUUCCCUUCGGGGAUGUCCAGCGUGCUGAAGACAGGAACCAAGCUGCAGAGGUUCAGGUUCAAUGGCGGGAGAGGGGGAGGCGGAAGAGGAGGAGGAAGCUGGGAGGGCGGAGAUGGCUCGGUCGCUGCAGGAGAGACUGCCAUUCAGCCUGGUAGCACAUCUGGCCAUGUAGCCGCCCCUCUUUGCGGCCUGUGUGCUGCACCCAUGUCCGAUGGUGAGAGGUCCUGCCGCCCUCCACCUGGGAUCCCCAAACCCGCCGAGGGCUGCUGGCGUUCUGAUGGCACCGAUGCAGCAGCUACUGCAGAGGACUCGUGCGCACCGGGCGCAUCAUGUGAGGAUGGAUUUUGGUCGGGCAAGUUUUGCUCGAGCUGCUGGAAUCAGAUCAUUCUGAGGUAUCAGAGGCGACAGCCUGCUGACGUUGUUCGGCGAGAAGACUUGUGCGACUUGCGAGUGCUGAUAGAAGGCUUGCUGCCUCUGCCCUGA